AUGGCGCGCGUAGCUAUGACAGGGACCGCGGCCGCGGACCCGGUGGCGGACGGGGCUGGCGCGCAAGCGCCGGCCACCGUCGUGCCGCCGGGGAUGCGCAGCGGACCCUGGAAUAGCUACGAUAAGGCGCAACUGGAGGACGCGGUGGGUGUCGCAAGGUUGUUCGGUGCGUCCUGUGUCAGGGUGAUAAGGCCUGGCUACGCGACCAUCGAGGUCGACCUGAAGCACGAAAAGGCCGCGGGCGACCGCGAGUCGGUGAAGGCGGCGGAGCGCUCGUACAUCGAGCGCACCGCGCCGAAGAAGAAGGAGCUCACAGAUGAGCAGCUUGCGGCAAAGGCCGCGUCUCGCAAGGCCAAGAAGAACCGGCAGAAGGAGCGCCGGGCGAAGGAGGCUGGCGAGCGCGCGGCCGCGAGCGAGGCCGAGCGCGCGGAGCGCCCGCGCGCGCAGCUACGCGCGAACAUCGAGUACGUGAUGGACGGGCUACGGUCUGCAGCUGCGCGGGCGCGCAGCCAGGCCGGGUCCAAGACUCGGGUCACAUAUUCGCUGCCCCCAGAGAGGGACGACGGAUAUCGGCGCGGCCCUAGCGUGGUGUGCGCCACGGUCCCCCAGGGCACCGUGGCGACGACCGUCGCCUCGGACUGGCUCGCGAACGAGCUGGCCGAGCACGGAGAGAUUGAUGCGGCAUGCCGCGACAAAUAUGUCAUGCACCUGAUGACGGCCGCCGGCGCCUCGGCGCCGGCCGACGCCGUGUUCAGGUUCACGGCUGGCGAGGCGAUGCAGACCGAGGACGACGACGAGGACACCGGCUCCGAGGAGUAUUCCGACGACAAGGCGUCCGACUAG